AAAAUUGAGGGAACUUUGAUUUGUACUGAUUGGAUGGCUUGAAAAACUGUUGGGGCAAGAAUGUGCAUAUAUAGAGAGAGUUUGAGAGAGUCUCUGCAAAAGGUCAGUCAGAGGCAACCUGCAGGAGAGUCAAGAGGAGAAAAGUCAGCAAGAGAGUCCCAGAGAAAGCCAGUGUACAGUUCUGGAAAAGAGAGAGAGAAGGAGAGCUUCUCUGAAGACACAGUUGGAGACCUGGAGCUAAAGAAUUGCCAGCUCAGGCUGAGAGAUUUCAUGCUGUGGCUGCAACCAAAGAUGAAAUCACAGAAGAACCAGGCUGGAGUGAGCCCCAGGCCUGUGCCGUGACCAGGAUAAGAGUCUGCACAACGAGGCAGUUGCGGAGAAGAAGGAGACUUUUGGACUCCGAGGAUGAACUCUCUUAUAUCAAUUGGGAUUCUGUACCUCUGAAUAUGCAGGAGUGGUUGUCUGGAACCUUCAAGGCGAAAAAGGGAGCAUGCAGUAAAAAAUCUGAGGGAAAGACCAACAUAAGGAGCAUUUUACAUUCUGUCGAGUCUUCUUUUUCAGCAGAAAGGAAGUUCCGUACAAUGACUAGUUCAACUGGUAUGGCUUAUCCAGAGGAAGUAAUAACAUCAAUUAAGGAUAUCGAUGAAUGGUCUUUUUCUCCAUUUGCCUUAAGUGACGCUAGCGAAGGGCAAAGCUUGAAAUUUAUGAUGUGUGAGUUGUUCAACAAAUAUGAUCUCCUGAAUAAUUUCAAGAUCCCUCUUACCACCUUAAUUUCAUUUGCAAAAGCUUUGGACGAUGGCUACAACAAAUACCAAAAUCCAUAUCACAAUUCAAUCCAUGCUGCAGAUGUUACCCAAACCGUGCACAGCAUCUUGCUUAAAACUGGCAUCAUGCAUUGGUUCAGUGAUUUGGAGAUAUUAGCAAUGUUUUUCAGCACUUCAAUACAUGAUUAUGAUCAUAACGGAACCUCAAAUCACUUCCAUGUUCUGACAAGGUCAGAACUUGCAUUUUUGUACAAUGACAAGUCUGUUCUUGAAAACCACCACGUGUGUGCUGCUUAUCAGCUUUUGCAAAAUGAAGAAAUGAACAUCCUAGUCAAUUUAACUGAAGAAGAAUGGAGGGAACUGCGCAGCCUGGUCAUCAGGAUGGUCAUAGCGACAGACAUGGCACGUCAUUUCCGGCACAUUAACACCCUGAGAAACAUUGUGCGUUGCAUGCAGCAGAAACAAAGGCCAGACAGAGCCAAAGUAAUGUCUAUGAUUGUGCAUGCAGCUGACAUAAGUCAUCCAUCAAAGCCUUGGGUCUUGCACCACCGUUGGGCAGAAGCAUUAAUGGACGAAUUCUUCAGACAGGGAGACAAGGAGGCUGAAUUAGGACUGCCAAUUUCUCCACUCUGUGACCGCAAGACUACCAAUAUUGCUGAGACUCAAAUAGGCUUUAUUGAGGUCAUAAUAAAACCAAUAUUUUUUCUUCUACUUGAAGCAGUGGAGCAAAUUGUUGCUCCUCUUAAACACAAGGCUUCUAAAUCUGGAUGUGCAUCUUCCUCUAGAGAACAUGGCCAGAAAGCUUCAGAGGUAAGCAAAUGUGAAGACAAACAAAGUUCUAGUGGAAGGAGUCCCACAAAUGAAAGUGGGACUUGCUCAGACAGAAAUAUUUUAAUCACCUUAGAUAUACAAAGCUUUAGGGAGAAUGUGAUGCAAAAUAUCAAAGAAAAUAGAAACAGGUGGAGAGAGAGUCAGAAGCCCCCAAGAGAAGAAUCGCCAGCAAAAGAAAGUAAGAAUGUUGAAGAUCAACUAUGUAAAGGCAAACCAGGUGGGGAAAGCCCCCAGAAGGAAUCAGAGAGUUCAACAAAGACUAAGAAAUACUGUACCAUGCCACAGACUCCCACAACGUGCGAAUGUCAGCUUUGUGACAACAAAGCAUCUGAACCCAUGGAUGUCAACUUCAUAGUUUACAAUGCAGAUUCAACAGAACUGUUGCAGGGACCUCAGGAUGCUGAUGCCAUGGAAGUCACAGAAUCAUAUGAGGAAUUAGUAGACAAUGAUAGUUCCUGGAGGAAAGCUGCUGGUCAGAAUGUAGAUUCCAAUAUAGAGGAGAUGAGAGGCAUGGUUCCAAAAUCGAAACCUCUGAGUGCCAACGAAAGUGAUGAUAUCAUCAUUGAGGAAUUUAUACCAGAUGAUCCUCAGCCCCAGCCAACUAAUGUCAUCACUUGUCAAGAUGGUACGCAGCAGACACCUAAUACUGGCUUUUUAGCAACAGAUGUAACUCAAAAGGACAUGGAGAUGUUUUCAUUGUGGAAUGAAGAAGUUCUGAGACGUGCAGCUGAGCAGCAGAAACAACAAAACCAAGGCGGAAUACCUGCUGAUGCAGCGUUACAAGUAGCCACUGCAGGAAAGCAAAAUGAGGCUUGUCAAGGAGGUGAAGAAGCAUUAGCUAGAAAGUCGUCUGUGGCAAGCUUUGUCCUACAAGUAAUCUCUUUUGAUGCCCCUUCUGUGUCAUGUACAAUAGAUGCAGGACCAAAGCAAGAUCCAUGCCAGAAAGAAGUCACCACUACUCCAGUCCAAAUGAAUGAUAAUACCACGCCAGCAAGCACACAGCAACAGAAUGAAGCAACACCAUGUGCAGCUGCAACUGUAUCUGUCACAUCCUUGAGCUAUGGGGUCUUUAAAAUACCCCAGUAAGUUACUGGCCAAAUCUGUAGUGUAAGAUUGCCUUGCUUUCAAGCAUAAUAGGGAGUAGUAUCAUCAAAUACAAGCCAUCUGAA